AUGUCACAUUCUGAAGAUAAUCUCUCUGAAGAUGAUGAAAGUCGUUAUGAUGACACAGACGGAGGCUGGCACGAUGACGAGGAAUUCAUUGAUAAUCGUGAUGAGCUUGAUGAGUUGCCAUCUUCUUCCCGCGAAUCUCGGCGCAUGGCUAUGGAACUUGAUCGUAAGGCGCUCGAGGCAGAGAAUUUAGAUGCCGAAGAACUUGCUCAGCAAAUGAAUGUGCGUUAUGGUCGUCGCCGAGGCCAUCACAUUCAAUCUGAUUCUAACGUUGUUAUUCAAUUUAUGAAACAAUUCAAAGAGAGCGAGUACUCUCAGCAUCCACUUGAAAUUUUGUCUGUCACAUGUAGAGAUGCGUUAAAAGGAUAUGUAUACAUCGAGGCCUGGAAACUAGCACAUGUACAAAAGGCCAUGGUAAACAUAAAUAACCUAUUUUUAUCGCAAAUAAAACUUGUACCAUUGGGCGAAAGAACACAUGUAUUGACAAUUAAAAGGAAAGAUGUUAAGCUUAAAGAAGGCUCAUGGGCCAAAGUAAAAAAAGGAAAAUACGCUGGUGACUUAGUUCAGGGUAGUAAUGAAGUAAGAAUAAAAUGCGUCCCGCGUAUGGAUGAGAAGGAGGCAAAAACGAUGUCUGUUAAUCCGUCAAAGCGAAAAAAAUCGACAUCUACAUCGACAGUCAAAGUCUAUGAUAGAGGUUAUUCGGAAAAAGAUAUAAAAAUCACAAAUCUAGAUGUUAAAUUCGUUGGUUUAACUCUAUUAUAUGAUAUAGAGAAUAGUAGGUCUGAAUCAUCGCUUGGUUUGCCCACGAAGGUUAGAUUUGCGCCUGGUGAUGAAGUUGAAGUUAUAAUGGGAACGGAGCGUGGAAUUUAUGGUAUUGUGGAUAGAGUGGAUAAAGACCGUGUUACUUUCACUCGCCAUAAAUCCACACAACAAAGAUUCAAUAUAGGAGAUCAUGUUCAAGUGCUUAAUGGAUCUCAUCAAGGAGAAGCCGGCAUGGUUGUCAAUAUUGACAAAAGUAGAAGCCAAAUUACUUUAUUAUCUGAUAUGUCUAUGUCAGAAGAUGGUGUUGGUGUUCUUUCUGAUUAUAAACAGGAAGAAAUAAUUGGAAAAGAAGAUCCAAGACCAUCAGCAACGUCUCUUGGAAAAAACCAAGUUGUUUUGAAAGUAGGAGACGCGGUUCAAGAUAGCAGAAAUGAGCCUGAUCCACUUAUCGGACAAACGGUUACUAUUAUAAAAGGGCCUUACAAAGGCUUUAUUGGUAUUGUAAAGGAAACGACUGUGUUAAUGGCGCGGGUAGAAUUACACACUAAUUGUCAGAUUGUAAAUGUAGAGAAGACUAAGCUGCAUACUAUUGAUCGGCCUGUUGUUUCCGCACAAGAUGUUUCAGCGGGCAGAAAUAGCCGAGAAUAUAGUCCAGCACCAUCAAAUUAUUCAGGUUCUAGCUGGCAAUCAAGCAGCGCAAGAACACCUUCUUCAUGGAACGGUUCACGAACUCCCACUUGGCAUAAUGCAAUGACUCCAAACUCAAAUACUACUGAAGGUUCACGCACACCAUCUUCAUUUGCUGAGGGAUCUCGCACACCGGCGGUUCAUUUUAGCGAAGGAUCUCGCACACCUGCUUGGGAUCUUGAUAGCAAAACUCCUGCUUAUAAUGGUAUUGAUGGUUCGAGGACACCUGCUUGGGAUAUUGGAAGUAAAACUCCUGCAUAUGCUAUAGAUAGUGGAACUCGCACUCCAACGUGGGAUAGUGCAUUUCCAGCAACGCCCGCGGCUGAAACCCCAAGCUUUACAGCGCCAACACCUGCGGCUGAAACCCCAGGAUUCACAGCUCAAACACCUGCAGCUGACACUCCAGCAGCAUUCUCAGCUCCAACGCCUGCAAAUACGGGAAGUCUAAUGGUUCCCUCUACACCAGGUCCUGGGCCAACGACACCAGCAAGCUUUUUGCCCCAAACACCAUUCGUCCCAGCUAGUACAAUCCCAACCGCUGUAUCAUCUUCUAAAGAAUGGCUCACUACUGACAUUCAAGUUCGAGUUGUUCCAGAUUCUAGAACAAAUUCAUCUCAUGCUGGUGGGCAAUAUGACAAUCGUGUAGGCGUUAUCAUCCAUUUGGAAUCGCCUACAACUUGUAUUGUAGAAUUAGAAGAGACACAAGAGCGUUGUUUAUUUGAACAACGAUUUUUGAAACCUGUCCUUCCUCAAAAGAAGGAAAGGAUUAAGAUGAUAGGAGGAGAGCAUAAAGGACAAUUAGGGAUGUUGGUGGGUGUGGACGGUGCUGAUGGUGUAGUAAAAGUCAAAGGUGGAAAAGAUUUCAAGAUUGUGAACAUGAAUAUGAUGGCUAAAUACAUGGGAGAAGAG